AUGGAUGGACAGUUACAGAAACUAGUGGAGCAGUGGCUUUCUAUAGACCACAAUGAGACGACACGCCGAGAAAUCGAAACAUUUAUGGCAAACAAAAACACCAGCAAACUAAAGGAACUACUUGAAUCACGUAUCCAAUUUGGAACUGCAGGGUUGCGAGCUCGAAUGGAGGCGGGAUUUGCCAGAAUGAAUGAUGUCACUGUUGUGCAAGCUUCACAAGGUCUAGCUGCAUACAUCAAAUCUGGUUCUGCUGUUGUAGGUCAUGACCACAGACAUAAUUCAAAGAGAUUUGCACAAUUAACAGCCCUAGUUUUUGGCUCAUAUGGGUUUGAGGUCUACUUUGUAGGCCAGUGUGCAACACCAAUGGUACCGUAUUCUGUUGAUCGGUACAAGGCAAGUGUGGGAAUCAUGGUCACUGCAUCACAUAACCCAAAAGACGAUAAUGGAUACAAAGUUUAUUGGAAAAAUGGGUGCCAAAUCAUUCCUCCACUAGAUUCAGACAUCCAGUUGUCUAUCAUGGAAAAUCUAGAUCCGCAAAUUGAUUGGGAUGUCAACAAGAUAUACAGCAACAAAAAUGUUAUUUUCUGUCAUGACGAGGUUGUAUAUGGAUACAGUAAACGAGUUCUUGAUAUUUUACAACCACAGAAGUUGGGUGAUUUCAAAUAUGUUUACACAGCAAUGCACGGAGUUGGGUUUGAGUUUGUCAAAGCUAUUACGGAAUUAUUCACUGAUGAUGGAAAUCUCAUUCCAGUGAAAAAACAAUGUUCCCCUGACCCUGACUUCCCUACUGUCGCUUUCCCAAAUCCUGAAGAAAAAGAUGCCUUGAAUUUAGCCUUGUGUACUGCAAAUGCAAACAAUGUAGAUCUUGUUUUAGCAAAUGACCCGGAUGCAGAUCGAUUCAGUGUUGCCUAUAGAACACCCAAUGGGUGGAGACAACUCUCUGGAAAUGAAAUUGGAUUACUCUUUGCAGAUUAUGUUGUCCAAAAGCAAACAAAUUUGGAUAAAAUGUAUAUGAUAAAUUCCACAGUUUCUUCUCAAAUGCUUGGGUCAAUGGCAGAUAAGUUAGGUUUUGGUUUUGUGGAUACCUUGACUGGUUUCAAGUGGAUUGGAAAUAAGGCGAUAGAGUUGGAAAAAAAAGGUUACAACGUACCAUUUGCGUUUGAAGAGGCUAUAGGGUUUAUGUUCCCAGUGGUUCAUGAUAAGGAUGGUAUUUCGGCCCUUGUUGUGUUCUUACAAUUAUACAAUAAACUAUUAAAGGAAGGUAUUAAACUCGGUGAAAGAUUAGAGCAGUUGUACUCCAAAUAUGGCUAUUUCAAACAGUGUAAUGGAUAUUAUAUAACUACACCGGCAGUACAAGACGAGAUAUUCAACUGUAUCAGAUCCACCAAACCUUAUCCUUCACACAUUGGAAACUACCGAGUUAAUUCUUGGAGAGACUUGACUAUGGGUUAUGACUCAGAUACAGUAGACCAUCUUCCCACAUUGCACGUUGAUCCGUCAUCUCAUAUGAUUACGUGCAAAUUGCUAACGCCAAACAAAGAUGAGUUUAUUAGAUUCACGGUCCGUGGUUCAGGAACAGAACCUAAACUAAAAGUUUACAUAGAAGCCAAAGCAGAAAAUGAGAACCGUGCAGAGUCCCUCGCUGAAGAUGUAUGGAUCACCCUGCGCAAAACGUGGUUCACUGUUGAAGGACUCACAGAAAAGAGAGUGUAG